UCCGCGCGCGCCUGCCUAGUAGGAGCCGGACCGCGGGGCGGGGGGUGGGUGUCCGCGCUGCUACCGCCGAGGGAGUAAGAUGAACGGGACGCGGAACUGGUGUACCCUGGUGGACGUGCACCCAGAGGGGCAGACCGCGGGGAGCGUGGACAUUCUAAGGCUGACUCUACAGAGUGAACUGACAGGAGAUGAACUUGAACACAUAGCCGAGAAGGCGGGUAGGAGGACUUUUGCCAUGGUGUCUGGCCGCUCAACCAGCCGUUCGUUGGCCUCAGAACUGGUGAAGUCCAAUGAUGGACACGAGGAGAUCAUUAAGGUGUACCUGAAGGGGAGGGCUGGAGAUAAGAUGAUCCACGAGAAAAACAUCAACCAGCUGAAGAGUGAGGUGCAGUAUAUCCAGGAGGCCCGGAACUGCCUACAGAAGCUGCGGGAGGACAUAAGUAGCAAGCUUGACAGAGAUCCAGGAGACUCUCUCCAAGGACAGGAGAUACAGGUGGUACUGGAAAAGCCAAACGGAUUAAAUCCAAGCCCCACAACACUGUAUAGCAGCCCACCUGAGGUAAGUAAGGCAGACACCUAUAUAAAUGAAGAUGUCGAGAGCCUGAGGAAGACUGUGCGGGACCUGCUUGUCAAGCUGCAGGAGGCCGAGCGGCAGCACCAGUCAGACCGUGUGGCUUUUGAGGUCACACUCAGCCAGUGCCAGAGAGAAGCAGAACAGAGUCGAGUGGCCCUUCAGAGAGCAGAGGACAGAGUGCAGCAGAAGGAGGCAGAGGUUGGAGAGCUCCAGAAGCGCUUGCUGGGCGUGCAGGAGGAGCAUCAGGCCUUACUGGUGAAGGUUAGGGAGGGGGAGACGGCCUUGGAGGAACUGCAGAUCAAGAACACUGACUGCCAAACAGAACGAGAAAAGGCGGCUAACCUGGAAAAGGAAGUGGCCGGCUUGCGGGAGAAGAUCCACCACUUAGAUGAUAUGCUCAAGAGCCAGCAGCGGAAAGUCCGGCAGAUGAUAGAGCAGCUCCAGAAUUCAAAAGCUGUGGUCCAGUCAAAGGACAGCACCAUCCAGGAGCUCAAGGAGAAAAUCGCCUACCUGGAAGCAGAGAAUUUAGAGAUGCAUGACCGGAUGGAACACCUGAUAGAAAAACAGGUCAGUCAUGGCAACUUCAGCACCCAGACCUGGGCCAAGACGGAGAGCCUGGGCAGCAUGAGGAUAUCCAAGCCCCCCAGCCCUAAUAAGCCCAUGCCUCUUAUCCGAGUGGUGGAAACAUGAGUGGAAGGAGCCAGAUGCCGCUGUUGCUGCUGCCUCUUGCCUGCGGAGAAGCCCACCACCCCUGUAGGCCGUUAGCCCCAACUUUGACUUCCUGACUGAUCCCUGGCUGCACUCGAGGCUUGGGGUUCAUGUGUCCCACUGUUUCUAAACUCCUGACUCCUGGAUGCUGGGUGGACAGAGGACGAGCACCUCCUGGGGACACUGCAGCCCUUUGGAGGAUGCUCUCCUGCCGGCAAGGGCCAGGGCAGUAUCCUUAUCCCUGUAGUAUUAUUUCUCUGUAGCAGAACCUCCCUUCUCUUGUAGACUGGAGUUCAGCUGCCCCAGAGUCAGGGGAGGUGACAAGAUUUGCCUCAGCCCUACAAGCUGGAGGCACAGAUGUCCACAGCGAUUGGAGGGUGUCCUGGGGGAAUGAAGUUCCCUCUGCAAACACAGAUCCAUUCUUAGCAACACAUUGUUUGUUUUUCUACUUGUUCCACUGCUGACCCGGGCCUCCUACAGAUAGACACAGGUGACCUGUCAAGGCCUGGGCAGAGUCAGUGAGCCUCAGCUUUGGCCAGCCUUGUCUUCCUGGGAGAAGGAAAUGUACAUUCCGGGAGUAACUUUUAGUGUAAAGAUUCUGUAGGGCCACAGAUAGUUGCAAGUGACUUCUGUCUGCUGGGAAGGUUCCCAGCAUGUCUUAGGGUUUUCCCCUAAGACGCAGUGCCAGGUAGACCUCGGUCUUCUUGACUCAGGAGCCUAAAAACUGUUUUCACUGGGUUACAUCAAUCUCAGCGAAACUCUUGUUGUAUUUAUUUUGCUAAGUUAUUGGUGUUUUUCCUUUACAUCUCACAAUUGAUUUAAUACCAGAGUUUUACAGCCUUCUCUUGCGGUGUUUGGAUUUGUUCCACGCUGGGGAAAAAAUGUGUUCCCGCUGGACUUGUUAAUUUCAGAAUUAAAUCUUUUCCUCUUUUUCUUCUACCUGCUUCUUUCCCUUCUUCCUGGAAACAUGAUUUGAACCUCAGAAAGGCAAGCAAAUUUGCCCUGAGGCGUUGGAGUCUUAGUGUAUGCCGUUUGGGAGAAAGGGUGAUCCGAACUCUUUGGGGAAGGGAUUAAAUUCUUCCCCUAAACCCUCUGCACCCUCUGCUCCACAAUUGGUCGGUUUUCCUGGCUCUGAAUGACCCUGACCCUCACCAAAUUUUAAGGCUCUUCCUGCAGCCUCAAGAAGGAGAUAAGUAUCAGGAUGUGGUACUAUAGGGCACAGAAACAUUAAAGAUAAACAUGGAUCGGGGCGCCUGGGUGGCGCAGUCGGUUAAGCGUCCGACUUCAGCCAGGUCACGAUCUCGCGGUCCGUGAGUUCGAGCCCCGCGUCAGGCUCUGGGCUGAUGGCUCGGAGCCUGGAGCCUGUUUCCGAUUCUGUGUCUCCCUCUCUCUCUGCCCCUCCCCUGUUCAUGCUCUGUCUCUCUCUGUCCCAAAAAUAAAUAAACGUUGAAAAAAACAUGGAUCAAGUCUUGGGGUUCUAGCUGGCUCAAAGCCAGAAGGCUGAACUUGUGUGUGUUUCUGUGUAUCAGGACUGGGCUGGUGUACCAGCGCUGUCCAGGUGUUAUGCGUUCACUUUCCUCAUUUGUAAAACCAGGGGGGCUCAGAUCAGAUGGACUCCAAGGGCCCUUCCAGUUCUGAUGUUUUUUUCCCUGUGGCAUAUUCUUUGUAUGGCGAAUUGAAUAAAAUAUGUUAAUGUGUC